GAGCCGCAAACCGUGAGCAGGGAUCAUUCACGCAAGUUAGUGUCAAGCGAUCGGACCAUAUUCUGAAUCAGUUGAUUCCUACUGUAUAUUGUCAGUGACUGCGCGUGUGUCCAUACAAAAUCUGCCGAGAAAAAAAAAGCCAUUGACAUACAAAACCAGACAGUAUUACUUAAUAAAUUUUGAGUAUCCAAUUAACUUUGGAAUUUUACGAUGGAAUUUCCCAUCGCAACAAAGAAUUCUUUCCAGAAUUUUGGUCUGUACCACAAAGAGCCUUAUGACUUUGCUGUUUUUUCAUGGCAAUCGCAACGGAACCAAGUUUCCGGCUAUUACUGCAUUUAUCGAUUCGUGACGGCGGCUUUCUAUUUGUCAAAUGUCGUGUUCUGUUUAACUACAAGCAAACAUUUGGACUACUGGUUCAUCUACCUCAGCCACAUCGGACUCCUCCUGCAAACUUUACAUUUAUUAAUUUCGGCCGCUGUUCCAAUUCAAUUUCUUUUAAUUUCCCAAAAAGAUAGUUUGAAUAAUAGCAACCUUACUUUCUUGGUUCGAUUCUCAUGGUUCCUGUACAACGUAACAAACUUACUCAGCUUUGGCAUUUCGGGAGUCUUCUGGACCGGACUCUCUGUGAUAGAAAGAGAGCCAAAGAACACGGAUUUCCUCAUUCAUGGAAUUAAUAGCAUAGUGACGUUAUGCGACAUAUUCAUCAGCAAAAGGCCGUGUCGUAUACUUCACUUUCACCACUCGUUGGCGGUCUUCUUACCUUACGUCACAUUUAGUAUCAUCUACUGGGCAGCAGGAGGUCGUAGAGAAAAUGGCAUUCCUGCCAUCUACCCCGUCCUCAAUUGGGAUAACCUCACUUUGACGAUUCCGUUUGUCUUGGCCGGUCUGACGGUUGGCGUCUUUCUCGGCCACGCCCUUGUCUGGGCUCUUCAUUUACUGAGGGAUCGGGUCCUCAUCACUUGCACAACUAAAGACGAGCUGGUCGACAAGGGCCAUUUCCAAAUUCAAUCGAACCCUGGCUUUGUCCCAGAUUGGAUAUUAUCAUAGGAAAACUGAUGAUGGUUGAUUAUUAUUACAACCAUAUGGGUAUUGAUUUUUGACGCUCAUCAUUUAAGCGGGUCCGCCGCGGAGUCCGAGUAAAUCUUUUUGGACAAUUUGUUUCCUAAGGUCCUAUAAGCUGACCAAUAUAAAUUUUUCUUUGAAAGAUUGGCCAUUUUUCACCCAUCCAACUUCUAUUUUUUUUAAACAACUGUGCGCGUUUUUCACUUUCGAAUUGUUUGAUUUUUAUUGUAUAAGAUUAUCAAAAUAAACACCAAAACAGAGAAUUUUUUUUGUCGGUACAUUGGUUAAUACAAAAGAGUGCUGGGUGUUGAUUGACUGGAAGUUUUUUCUCGUUUGUGCCCGGGGCGUAUUACAAAGUCGGAUUGAAUUCAACAUCACCUGUAUAAUAGGUAGAAUAUCAAGUGAAACGCUUAAUCCUAGUGAUGGCCCUUAGCUUUGAUGCCUUUGUGAGCUUUUGGGGCUUUAGGGACAUGAGCUUUUGGGGCUUUAGGAACAGCGUGAGCUUUAGGGGCUCCCUUCGCCUUGUGAGCCUUGUGUCCGGACUCGGAUGUGUGCAAAUCGCCGGCGACCAGUGACGCCGUUUCGCCCUUCUCGCCACUCAACGGCACCGCGGAGACCAUGGCGACGACGGCAAAGAGAGCGAACAGC